AUGGCGGCCACGUACGACGUCAACUGCGAGCUGCGUGGGCACGAGGGCGCGGUGCGCUGCAUCGCGGCCCUCCCGAACGACCUCCUGGUGACCGGCGCCAUGGACUCCGUGGCGCGCGUGUGGCUGCGCGACUCCAGCUCCGCCGUCGGCGGCUUCGUGGCCAUGGAGAGUGCCACCAUCUUCGACCACGAGCACUGGGUCACGGCCAGCGUGGCGCUGGACGGCGGCGGCUUCGCCACGGGCAGCAUGGACAAGAACAUCCGGCUCUUCGACGCGCAGGGCCAGCGCUACGCGCUGCUGCGCGGCCACGAGGGCGGCGUCAUCUCGCUGACCACGUCGGCGGACGGGAAGCUGCUACUCUCGGGCAGCUGGGACGGCACGGCGCGCGUCUGGAGCCUCGAGACGCAGCAGUGUCUGCACGUGCUGAGCGGCCACGAGAACGGCGUGUGCGUGCUGGGCCUACCCGACGGCUCGCUGGUCACGGGCUCUACGGGGCAGCAGGUGGGCAACACUGUGGCGGACUUCAAGCUGCGGUUCUGGGCCAAAGAGACUUUCGCGCUGACCAAGACGCUGGCGGACCACCAAGGGCCCAUUCGGCAGCUGGUCCUGGUGCCCGAUAUCGGCUUCGUGAGCUGCUCCAACGACGGGUCUAUCAAGCUGCGGACGCUGGACGGAGCGGUGGUGGCCAGUAUGGAGCACCCGCUGAACGCGGAGGGCAAGCCGGGCUUUGUGUUGGGCGUGGCCGUGCUGAGCAACGGGUUCGUGGUGUCGGCCAGUGAGGACUGCACGGCGCGCGUGUGGUCACCUGAAGGAGCGCUGCUGCAGACGGUGGAGCACCCCGGAGGCCUGUGGUGUGUCACUGCACUGCCGAAUGGAGACUUUGCGACUGGAUGCGACGACAAGGUGGUACGCGUGUUCACGCAUGAUGCGGUGCGUGUGGACGCCGACGCGAUGGCGUCGUUCCAGGCAGCAGUGGAGGAGGCUCGGAUUGCGAAGACGCGCGGACCCAGUGGCGUGGAGAUCGAGGCCCUUCCUGACUACGACCAGCGUGCUAGUGUGAACGGAAACUCGGACGGCCAGGUUCAGAUGUUCCGACGCGACACGAAAGCGUGGGCUUGCCAAUGGAGUGGGCCUUCGAGAACUUGGAUUGAUAUUGGUGAGGUUACCGGUACUGGCGGCGGCAGUGUGGUGGACGGCGAGGCCUAUGAUAUGGUUAUCCCCGUUGAGGUUGAGCUGCCCGGCGGUCUCAAGAAGCUUGAGAUCGGCUACAACCAGGGCCAGAAUCCGUUCACGGUAGCGCAGGAGUUCAUCGACAAGCACAUGCUGGACCAGGCAUAUCUGCGUGAAAUUGCGGAUUACAUCACGCAGCGUGCUGGCGAGUAUCGCCCUCCUGUUUUGGGAAACAACGACGGCGUGAACUCGGCUCCUAGUGGCGGCGUUCAGAGUGAGCCUGUUGCCACUGGACCGCAAUGCAAAUACUUCCCAGUGUCCGGAUACAACACUUUUGAAACGAUUAAGAUCUCCAAACUCAUGAGCACGCUGCGUCAGUUUAAUGACAAGCUGAAGGAAUCAAACGAGACUGCAACUCUUUCCGACUCGCAGCUGAUUGCCCUGGAGCAGAUUGUACACACAGUGCAGGGCACCGCUUUUUACCACUCGAGCAAAUUUGCACCUCUUGAAGUUGCUACACUCAAGGGUGCACUUGACAAAUGGCCUGCAAAAUUCGCCUUCCCAGCUCUGGAUCUUCUCCGACUUGUGCUGGUGCAUCCUCAAGGCCCAAUUGCACUCGAAGCUGGCUUAGAUACACUUGUAAGCCAGGUUCUUAGCGUGGGACUGCACGCAGGUCCUGCGAAGGGUGAAGAUGCCAUUCCAGUAGCAACACGGAUGCUGUCGCUGCGUGUGCUCGCCAAUAUGUUCCUGCACGACGCUGCGCGCAUGGCCGUACUGGCUCACAAGACGGAGGUGCUGAGCAAGUUGCCGUCGUUCCAGGCAUUCCACCACAAGCUCGUGGCCCUUAGCCUUUCGACUGUGCUGCUGAACUUCGCGCGUGUACAGGCAGCCUCGCCCGGCUCCCUGACGCCUGAUGACCAAGUCGUCGUGGUCUCAUUGGCAGCAGACCUGCUCAACGGCUCGUACACUAUCCAGGAGUUGGGCGAAGACACGAUCCUGCGAUCACUCGUGGCUAUCGGCACGCUGGCGCUUAGUGGCGACGCAAAGGCCAAGGAAGCGGCGGGCAUCCAUGUAGCCAUCUUCACAGCGGCGAAGGCUGGCGAGGUCACUUCGCCAGCGGUACAAGAAUGCCUGGCAGAGCUGCAGCAGCUCCUAGGCUAA